GCGAGCUCCAAGAACCAGACUCCAACAUCCACAUCAUAAUAUUAUGAUACCAUACCACUAACUUCUCCUCCCACCCUCCUCCACCACCCACAAUAACAACAAUCGAAAUGCCCCAGAAACCCUCCCUAAUCAUCCACGGCGGCGCCGGCUCGAUCUCACACUCCUCCCUCCCACCUUCCUCCCCACUCUACACAGCUUAUACAACCUCCCUCCGCCAAGUCCUCCAAACCACAUGCCCACUCCUCCUCGCCGGCCACUCGGCACUAACCGCCGCGACGCAGGCCGCAACCCUGCUAGAAAACAACCCACUCUUCAAUGCCGGCAAGGGCUCUGUCUUCACGCGCGACGGGAGGAACGAGCUCGAGGCUUCGGUUAUGGUUUCGCGCGGGUACCGGAAGAGGGGGGUUGGUGUCGCCAUGCUGACCAGGGUCAAGAACCCGGUUCUGCUAGCGAGGGAGUUGCUGGUUCGUGGAGAGGAGGACGGGGGUAUGAGUGUGGGUGGUGGGCACGGACAUAAUUUCCUCUCAGGAGCGGAGGCGGAGAGGCUGGCCGAGGAGUGGGGGUGUGAAAUUGUGGAUCCGGAGUACUUUUGGACGCAGAGGCGGUGGGAGGAGCAUUUACGUGGCUUGGAGAAGGAGAAGGGGUACUCUGCCAGCGAUGGUGUCCCUGACGAAGACCCGCAAGCGGAAAAAGCGGAAUACCUAUCCCAGGGCACCGUCGGCUGCAUCGCAAUGGACCUUCACGGAACCCUCUGUGUAGCUACGAGCACCGGCGGCCUUACCAACAAGCUCCCCGGCAGAAUCGGCGACACACCGACCCUUGCUGCGGGGUUCUGGGCGGAGGAAUGGCGAGUAAGCACUAUUCCUGCACCGUCGCCUAACUACUUUCUUCGCCUUGCAGCAGCAUAUAACAUCACCGCCCGUUGUCGCUUCGGUGGCCUCAUUUUGAAGGAGGCGGCGGAGGCGGUUGUUGGUCGGGGCGGGGAAAUGCAGAGGGCUGCUGGGGAGGGGUGGGGAUUGGGGGAUGGGUCCGGAGGCGUGAUCGGGUUGGAUGAAAAGGGAAAUGUGGUGAUGUCCAUGAAUUGUGGGGGCAUGUUUAGGGGUUACAUUGACAAAGAGGGAAAGGCCAAGGUUGGGGUUUACUGGGAUGAGAAGGAAACUUGA